GCUCAAAACGCCAUCGCAGAUAAGAUGACCUUCACUGUACAGACCUUCCAGAUCUGGAGGAAAGGAUUAUCAUCAGCGCAUGUCCCGCUUAGGUCGUUAGGCGGGAUACGCCCACCCACGUCUGUGACGGUGGCGGAGUUUACGGCGCUUUGUGAUCCCUCACGAAUCCUUCCAGCUUUGAUUCGAAGACGCUAUCUCGUGGCAAUUUGCACCACUCACUCGGCGUCUUCCCCUCGUCUGGUUUCGUCUACCAUUUGGCCGUUCGGACGGCUCAAUUGUCUCAGUCUCUUUCACCUGUGAAUCUCAUUCUCUACUAUUGUCGAGCCUUUGGCAGACUUCCUAUCUACCUCACCUCCAAACGCUAUCGAGAAUUCAGCUCAAAGAUGGGCCGAGAUCACAAAGAGUACUCGCCUGUGUACUCUGAUGAGAGUCUAGCAUCGAGUCGUGAAGCUGUCGAGGCCGCAGUUGCAGCAGCAAAUAUACGGCACACGUCAAAGCUUGGUAAAUUCGGGGUGUGGACUCUCCAUGCCGUCUUGAUCACCAUCUACACCGCAAUCUUUGCUGUUUCAUUAUUGCCCAACAGACCAUUUUCGGGAGUGUUUAGUUUGAUAGAUGCACCACCAAAGGCUGUCGGCGAGGAGACUCAUCUCGAAGUCUUCCCUAUUCAAGGCCCGCCACAUGGCAAAUACACGGGCGAACCAAGACCGGAGGUAGAUCAAGCAUGGAGGGACUUGCUACAGUACAACAAUAUCCGAGUUUCCGAGGAAUGGGUUCAUCGCUGGGGACGGGAGCAUGAGGCGGUAAAGCUACCUGAUGGCGGGUAUCUUGGCAUGCUCAGUGUCUUCCACGAAUUGCACUGCAUUAAGCGUCUCUACCAAACGCUGUCGCCCGACUACUACUUUCCCAAUGCAACUAAGCAAGAAAUCGCUACGAAUCGAGAGCACAACCAGCACUGUCUUGAGGUCCUCCGCAUGGGUGCAGCCUGCCGUGGUGACAUUUCCAUCAUCACCCACAUGUGGACUGACAUCGACGCGAAGCCCAUCGUGAACCAAACAGCGCCUCACCAGUGUGUUGACUUUGACAAGGUCAUGGACUAUUCUCGGGACAAUACAGUAGACGUGUAUCAGGACAACUAUAUCGUCCACCCGAAGUUCGGACCUUCCUUUCCCAAGGGCAACAGCAUUAAGCCCUUUAAGGAGCAGGGGAUGGGGCACCAUCAUUAA